AGGGCGCGGGGCGCGCACCCGCGAUGACCAUCGGCGGCCCCCGCGGCCGGCACCCCCGCCUCCAGAUGCCCUGUCUGCGCAAGAUGGAGAGGAUGAUCGUCAGCAUGCAGGACCCCGACAUGGGCAUCAAGAUGAGAAACCAGCGCUUGCUCAUCACCGUCAUCCCCCACGCCAUGACAGGGAACGACAUCGUGGAGUGGCUCAUCCAGAAGUACGGCAUCUCCGAGGAGGAGGCGCUGCACCUCGGCAACCUCAUCGUGAAGCACGGCUACAUCUACCCGCUCAGAGACCCCCGCAGCCUGGUGCUGCGGGCGGACGAGUCUCCCUACCGCUUCCAGACCCCCUAUUUCUGGACCAGCACCAAGUGGCCGGCCACGGAGCUGGACUACGCCAUUUACCUGGCCAAGAAGAACAUCCGCAAGCAGGGCGACCUGAUCGAGCACGAGAAGGACAACUACAACCUCCUGCACAAGCGGAUCAACCACACGUGGGACUUCGUGGUGAUGCAGGCGCGGGAGCAGCUGCGGGCGGCCAAGCAGCGGCGGAAGGGCGACCGCAUCGUCAUCGACUGCCAGGAGCAGGCGUUCUGGCUCGUCAACCGGCCCCCGCCUGGAGCCCCCAAUGUGCUGGAGCAAGGCCCCGAGCGCAGGAACUGCCACACCACCCGUGUCCAGCUGACCAAGAACAUGGAUUACUACAAGCGGGAGAUCGAGUACUGCAGGAAGGCCAUGGCCAGGACCAGGGUGAAGUCCUCCAUCUGCCUCGAGGGGUACAUCAAGUUCAACGAGCAGUACGUGCCCCACGACCCCAUCAUGUCUGGCUGCCUGCCCAGCAACCCCUGGAUCACGGACGACACCACGUACUGGGUCAUGAACGCCCCCACGGUGACAACCCCCACAAAACUGCGCGUGGAGCGCUGGGGCUUCAACUUCAGCGAGCUCAUCAUGGAUCCCCUGGGCCGGGCACAGCUCCUCGAAUUCCUCAAGAAGGAGUUCAGUGCCGAGAAUCUGAGCUUCUGGGAGGCGUGUGAGGAGCUGCGCUACGGGGAGCAGUCCCGCAUCGCCGAGAUCGUGGACUCCAUCUACCAACAAUUCCUGGCUCCCGGGGCCACGCGCUGGGUGAACAUCGACAGCAAGACGAUGGAGCGGACGCUGGAGGGCAUCAAGACGCCCCAUCGAUACGUGAUGGACGACGCCCAGAUGCACAUUUACAUGCUGAUGAAGAAGGACUCCUACCCGCGGUUCCUCAAGUCGGACCUCUACAAAAACCUCUUGGCCGAGGCCAUCAUCCCCCCGGAGACCAAGAAGCGGGUCUUCCCCUUCAUGCGCAAACAGCGGCACUCCAGCCCCAGCCCGGCCCUGCUCCUGCCCGCGGGCGAUGCCGAGGAGAGGGGCAGGAGCCCCUCGACUGCCCCCGUCCCCGAGGAGGAGAGCUGA